CUCGACAGAACUCGCCUCCGACGGAGAUGCUCUUAAGCGUACAUUAUCUCCGACGGACCACUUCAGGUUUCUUCAAUGUCUAUUCGACAUCUGCAGUAUAUAAGGGUGAAAGCCAUGCAUCCUUUUGUCCACAGCAACCCCCAUUUUGAUGUCCUUCACCAAACGUCUCUCUGCAAGCAUGGAUUUGGUCGCAACGGCGAUUUUAUACAUGGCCAGGGACACAUUUGAAAAUGCUGCAGUGAACUCCUCCCAAGUGACGCAAACAGAGAUCGUCUAUGGAGAAAUCCCAAGCAAAACAGCGGCAACUAUUGUUGGCAUAGUCUACAUCUUGUUUUCUCUGGUUCUAUUUUUCCGGGUUUGCCAACACCGCAACUGGUGGGGCCUUUGUCUUCCUAUCGGCGCAGCAGGCUAUCAGCGGUAUUGGCUUCUUCGUCAAAGUUGUCCUUGUCUCCUCCGUGGAACAUCAAAAUUCCAAGCCCUUCUCGCCACACAGAACGUCCUUAUCGCGUGCGCGCCUGCUGCUUUCCUGGCUUUCAACUAUAUCGUCUACGGCCACCUCGUCGUUCAAUGCCUUGGCGCUCAGUUCUGUAUCUUGACGCCUACUCGCGUGUCUACGAUUUUCAUAUGUAGCGAUAUUAUCACCUUCAUCAUCCAGGCUGGAGGUGCUGCUAUGAUUGUCAACCCAAACCACAUAACCCUUGGCAAAAAUAUCUUUCUUGCCGGCCUGAUCCUUCAGUCGGUUUCAUACUAUAUAUUUACCUUGAUGAUGUUAUGGACCCACUGGAAACUCAAAAAGGCUCGCGUCACUUCUGGACAAGAGUACUGGUGGAAGGCUUUGUGGCUGCUCUAUGUAUCUUCAUCUCUGAUCAUUAUCCGUACCAUAUAUCGUCUUGUCGAAGGAGCCUCUGAUCGCGGAAGCUACAGCGGUACUUAUGGUCAUCCAGUCUUUUUCUACUGCCUCGAUUCACUGCCUCUCCUUCUGUCCAUCGGCGUGUAUAUGCCGUUCUGGCCUGGGAAGUACAUCACCAAGGAUUCGAUUAUACCAGGAAACCAGUACAAAUUGACGGAGGAGGCUUCCACUGUGUGA